AUACCUUCGAAUAAGUGUAAUAGGUCCAUGUUCACUUCUCCUUUUAAUGAUUUGUAUACUGAGAAAUUCGCCAUAGCUUUUUCCUGUGCAGUUCACCAUGUUGUUGUUGACAAUGUUGUUGGUGUUGCCCUUGUGCAGAGCACAGGUCAACAGUUUACCUGUGAUCAGAAAUACGACUUCAGGACAAGUUCUGGGUACGAUAGACAACCCUUUACCAGCCAGCGUUCAGGUGGAGAAGUAUUUCGGAAUUCCUUAUGCCAAACCCCCGGUCGGAGACCUUCGCUUUGAGGAUCCGGUAUUGAUGUCGCCAUGGGAACCAGAAGUCUUGGAAACGCUAAAUCUACAUCCGGCUUGUCCUCAGAUAGAUGAAGAUAUGCUAUAUAUCGCGGAGCACCGGGUUGACUUUAAUCAUACCGACGAGGAUUGCCUUUAUCUUAACGUCUUCGUACCAAUCCUGACAAACGCCACAAGGAUUCCUGUAACAUUUGACGCUAACAGCAACAAUAGCAUUCCAAACGGAACGACCUAUGGACAGAACGACGGCGAGCCUCUGGCAGUAUUGGUCUUCAUACACGGUGGCUCAAAUGUAGUGGGUACAGCCAAUAUGUUUGAUGGUGACGUGUUAGCGGCUACUGGGGGUAUCGUUGUGGUUACCAUCAACUACCGCUUGGCAGCCUUGGGUUUCCUGGGCACAGGUCAUCCAGACUUCCCCGGAAAUUACGGGAUCCUGGAUCAAAUCGCGGCUCUCCGUUGGGUACAGAACAAUAUCGCCUCCUUCAAUGGCGACCCGACUAAAGUCACUGUGAUGGGGCACAGCCAAGGUUCAUUUGACGUGGGUGUACUUCUUGUCUCUCCCUUAGCCAAAGGUUUAUUUCGCACUGCUAUAUGCCAGAGUGGACCUCCUACAUCUGCUUUGGCACAUCGUCGAUCUGAUCACGAUUCUGUACACGAGGUUCUCAGUCUUGGAAUGAUUUUCGGAUGUCAAAAUCUUACUCUUGCCGGCGUCAAGAAUUGCCUGAAGAAAACUGACGUCAUUCCGCUUUUAAAGAGCUACCCAAUCUAUGACUAUAAUCAGUUCCCUGCCAUCGUUGGGGACAAGGUGUUACCAAAGACUCCAGAAGAACUUAUGAAGACAGCGGAACUCAACGCACAGACGCUUUUAAUAGGGACCACCAGAGAUGAAGCUGCGAAAUGGUCUAACGACCGUGGAGGUUAUGAUUUCUUAUACGGCAUUUUACAACUACUACAUGUGGUGCCUACCGCGAUACAUUUCAAAGACCUUGUUGCCUUUGAGUAUACUGACAUGAGCUACGCAAAUAAUGCGACGACAAACAUCAGGAUAGGCAGUAUGACAUAUGGAGAUGCCGCCUUUGACGCUCCAACUAUUGAGACCUUACAAAUCUUGUCAAACAGAAGUCUUACCCUCUAUCAGUAUCGCUGGGAAUGGCGCUCAGAUUUAUAUCCGGACCCAGAAGUUACAGGUGUACACCAUGGUGUGGAUCUUUUCUACCUCUUCGGGUCGCCGUUGACGGGACAUGCGCUUUACAAUUACACAGAACAGGACAAACGUAUGAGUCAUCUUAUGAUGAAACAGUGGAGUCAUUUUGUCAAGUUUAGUUCCUUUGAGUUGAAUCAAACAGACUGGCCUAACCCACCUGCUUUAGACGAACUGCCGUACAACAUCAACACGAAGGCCUACACCAGGUUCUUUUAUAACAAUGGCACCCCUGCAAUGGCCCAAGGAUUCAACCUGAAACCUCGACAGACAAAGUUUUGGACAUCGAUCAUUCCAGAUUUGUACGACCAAAUUAACCGAACCCUCGCCGUAUGGAAUUCUAAUCCCGAUAAUCCCACUGACCUUUUUGAUAUCGAAGGGCUCAAGGAACAGAAGGAUCUAUUCUUAAUCCUUUUUCUCAUUUUCAUGGUUCUCUCUUGUUUUCUAUUGUUUCUAAUGUUGUUUAUUUGUGUUCUGUAUUGCACGAGUAAAAAUUCAAGCAAAUACUCGGUGAAAUGAUGUCAGUGUGGAAUGAAACAUAUGUAUUUUGCAACAUUAUAUAUUAACUCCUUGAACACCAGAUACCAUUUAUUGAUGCUGCCAAUAAUAUUUUAAACAUUCGUUGGCAUUACUGUACAUAUCAGUUUAAAAGUCUUUUCUGACCUUACAAAGUAGCACAUGUAAUAAUUCUAGUGCGCAUCGCGUUUGUCCGGUAAAAGCCGUUAAUUUAUGAUUACAAAGAUUUCUUUAAUUAUUAAAGGCAAAGAAAACACUAAGUUAUCAGUAUAUAUGAGAUGAAAGACAAAUUGUUUGAUUUAUUUUUCAAGAUUUUCUCCAAUCGAGUAAACUGGUUUUAAAACACAGAUUCUGCGUUGGUCAAUAAUGACCCAAAGAGUAUAACCGACAUACGUCCAUAUUUUUGGCUUGAAAUAGUUGGUUUCAAGGUCCAAUCUGCAAAUGCAUUCAUAGAUUUAUAUGAAAAUGCAUUUUUAAUAAUGAAACCUGGAAAUCUAUUUGAUUUAUUUGAAAAUACGUGAUGGGACGCCACUGUGCUUAGUAUGAUUAGAAAAGGCAAACGUAGAGAUCAAAGCUAUACUUCCAUUUUACUAUUACUAGGUUGAAAAAAUUGUGAAAAAAAGAUGUGGAACUAUUUUAUUGGUCUUUUAUCUGACGUAUAUUUUACAUUAGUGUUUUCUUUGCCUUUAAGAUAGCCCUGAUCAGAGUAUUAUGCUACAUGAAAUGGGGCUUUGUCGCCAUCAGUGUUUUGACAUGAACAACGCAGUGACGCUGAACGUCAGACUGAUGCAUGAUAUAAAUCUACAUUCUUUUAGUAUUUCAUUACGACAGUAAUUAUUGACAAUGCCCUUGGAGAUCAAUCUGUAUUCCCUGUCUCGAAUAUAUCUCAAUGGUUUCUCUGUGUCUCUACUUUUCAAAUAUAUAUAUCGAACUGCAGUCAAUCUUCUUUGCCAUGUCAUCUUGUGUAGAGCAAAGCCAUAAGGGCAAGUUUUGGCUCGAUACAGGGACAUGCCCCCCCCCCCCCCCAAAAAAAAUGAGCGAUGUCUGGAGAGGAACGCUUUGCGAGUUUUUCAACAAUUCAUUAGCUUAUUUUAUUACUCUUUAUAUUGUAAGUAUAUAAUAAAUGUUUUGAAACUUUACAAACAUGUCCAAUAACAUGUUAAACCAGUGUAAUUUCGAACCUUGAACCUCUAAGUUUGCAUGUUGAGAUGUCGGUGUACCAAGUAUAUUGGGAAGACAGUAGAUAUAGUAAGUCUAUCUGGUGAUGGGGGAAUGGGUGAGUGUGGCGCAUAAUGCGUUUUAUUCCGCAUAGAAUUUUAGGCUAUUCUUCUAUGUUUAAUAAUAUGUAUAAAAUAAAGU